CCAAAGCUGGGGAAUCGGAGAUGCCCCUAUAAAAAGCAAAGCCAGAGAACCCGGUUCGAUCGGGUCAAGUUACCCACGACCGCGUGCGUCACUACACUCGGGACUCACUUCACUCCACAGAGUGAAGUUCACUCCUUUUCACAUUCCCUCUCUCUCCAUCGCGGAGCUCGCGCUCAUAGGUAGAUCCAGGAUCCACCCCUGUUCAGGGAUUCGGGUAUGGUACUUAGUUUCAGAACAGUCUAACACCUUAAUACCUUAAAUUAUGUAUUAAAGAGGAGAAUCUUAGGUGUUUGUCCUACAUUUUGAGCAUCAGGAGAUCAGAAUGGAAGAAAUUCAAUCCCAGUCGGAUAAUUAUAGGUCUUCAUCGUCUUCCGCAAGCAGCCCUGCAAGUAGGGUGCCUUCAAGCAACUUCUUUUAUCUGCGAAAACCCGGUUCUCUUCGACAGCCCAUUUCGUUUGAGGAUUCCCCAGAGUGGGAGGACACAGACGUCGAUGUUAGAGUGGAGGAUGGCGGAGACUCCAUCCAUGUUGCGACCACUCCUGCUUCUCCAUCUCUUUCAAAGCUUAAUAGUGGGUCCUUGCCAUCCCCUCCUUUACCAGAGGGUGCAGUGGUUACUAGAAAGCUUGCAGGGGCAUCUGUUGUUUGGAGGGACUUAACUGUCACAAUCAAAGGUAAAAGGAAGUAUUCUGACAAGGUUGUGAAAAGUUCUAAUGGCUAUGCAUUGCCUGGAACAAUGACAGUGAUCAUGGGCCCUGGCAAAUCGGGGAAAUCCACUUUGUUAAGGGCAAUUGCAGGAAGAUUGCCUGAUUCAGCCAGAACGUACGGCGAAGUGUUUGUGAACGGGGCCAAAUCUCAUAUGCCUUAUGGGUCAUAUGGCUUUGUUGAGAGGGAAACCACUCUAAUUGGAUCCCUGACUGUUCGAGAGUUCUUGUACUACUCAGCAUUACUUCAACUACCAGGUUUCUUCUGUCAGAAAAGGAGUGUUGUGGAGGAUGCAAUACAUGCUAUGUCUUUGGGUGACUAUGCCAACAAGCUGAUUGGUGGUCAUUGUUAUAUGAAGGGCUUACCUAGUGGUGAAAGAAGACGUGUUAGCAUUGCCAGGGAACUUGUGAUGAGGCCUCAUAUUUUGUUCUUAGACGAGCCUCUUUAUCAUCUAGACAGCGUGUCUGCACUUCUCAUGAUGGUUACGUUGAAGAAACUUGCAAGCACCGGGUGUACCCUUAUAUUUACUAUCUAUCAGAGCAGCACUGAAGUAUUCGGCCUCUUUGACCGGAUAUGCCUGCUUUCAAAUGGAAAUACUCUAUUUUUUGGAGAAACAUUGGCCUGCUUACAGCACUUCUCCAAUGCUGGAUUUCCAUGCCCGAUAAUGCAAAGUCCUUCCGAUCACUUCCUACGUGCAAUAAACACAGACUUUGACAGGAUAAUUGCAAUGUGCAAAAACUGGCAGGAUGAUCAUGGCGAUCUCUCUUCAGUGAAUAUGGAUACUGCUGUGGCAAUACGCACCCUUGAAGCAACUUAUAAAUCAUCAGCCGAUGCAGCUGCAGUUGAGACAAUGAUAUUAAAACUCACUGAGAAGGAAGGUCCAACUCUAAAAAGCAGGGGAAAAGCUAGCUGUGGUACCCGAAUUGCAGUCCUCACAUGGAGAUCAUUACUUAUUAUGUCAAGGGAGUGGAAAUAUUAUUGGCUCCGCUUGAUUCUUUGCAUGCUUCUCACACUCUGUGUUGGCACAGUUUUUUCUGGCUUAGGACAUUCGUUGUCUUCUGUGGGGACUAGGGUUGCAGCAAUAUUUUCGUUCAUAUCAUUUGCUUCCCUCCUUAGCAUUGCUGGAGUACUGGCACAUAUUAAAGAAAUCAAGAUAUAUGCCAGUGAAAAAUCGAAUCAACAUUCUGGAGCACUGGUGUUCUUGCUUGGGCAACUUCUUUCCAGCAUUCCUUUCCUGUUUCUGAUCUCCAUCUCGUCAAGCCUCGUCUUCUAUUUCCUUGUUGGUCUGCGAGAUGAUUUCAGCUUAUUGAUGUACUUUGUGUUGAAUUUCUUCAUGUGCCUCCUUGUAAAUGAGGGGCUAAUGCUGGUAGUAGCUUCUGUUUGGCAAGAUAUUUUCUGGAGCAUCUUGACAUUAGUGUCCAUACACGUUGUAAUGAUGCUUUCUGCUGGCUACUUCAGAAUCCGAGAUGCUUUGCCUAGACCACUAUGGACAUAUCCAAUAUCCUACAUUGCCUUCCAUACCUACUCUAUACAGGGUCUCCUGGAAAACGAGUACCUAGGGACUUCUUUUGCCGUGGGGCAGGUGAGGACAAUUUCAGGUUACGAGGCUCUCCAGAACACGUAUGACAUUUCUCGCGACAGUAAUUCCAAGUGGGAGAAUCUUCUAAUCCUGUUUGUCAUGGCAGCCGUUUAUCGACUUUUAUCGUUUUUUCUGUUACAAUUUCGCAUAGGAACAGGCGCAUCUGUGCGCAAAAUUUUCCAAUGUAAACAGGACACGAGCAACACGAGAUGAACUGUGCAAUAAAAUUUUUGUUUGGCUUUGGCUCCA